AUGAGUUCUAAAACCAAGAACGGCACGGUUCAGGAGAGAAUUGUCGAGUUGGUGAGCCAAGACCCAGGGCUUCCACGCAAAGGCCCUUCCACCGCAUUCUGGCAGGAGCCCGCCCAUAAGAUCACCAAUGUGAAAUCUCAGCAACUGCCGUCGGAGGUGGACUUUGCCAUCAUAGGGUCCGGAAUUACUGGUUGCAGCGUGGCGCAUACGCUGUUGAACAAUCCCAAACUUCGUAACAAACGGAUAGCCGUCUUCGAAGCCCGUGCUCUAACCAGCGGUGCCACCGGCCGCAAUGGAGGGCAUCUGGUUUCGCCUGCAGCGGUGGACUUUGCGGCCGUCGCGAAGCUUUUUGGUCCCGACAAAGCGGCUGAGGUGUCGCGAUUCUCAUUUCGCAAUCUCGAACGGUUCUAUGAAUUCGUGGCAACCCUAGACGACAAUCUCAAGGGCGUAUCAGAAGUUCGGAAGGUUCAAAAAGUGAUGAAUUUCUUAGAAUCAACCACGUUUGACAACUUCAAGGAUUCUCUUCGGCAGUUUUCGGCGGCCUGUCCUGAACUAGCAGACCAAUUCAAGAUUCUUACAGCUGAAGAGGCAAAGGCUAAAUACAAAUUCAAUGAGUCUGCCGGCGCUUGUGAACAGCCAGCUGGCGCGAUCUGGCCCUAUCGAUUGAUCACCGGCCUCUUUGCAAAGAUGCUGCAUGAAAACCCGUCAAGAUUCUCGAUCGACACCAAUACCCCGGUAACAUCAGUAACAUAUAAUUCAGAGAGCCCCUUAUAUCCGUAUAAACUCACUACUCCGCGAGGAAUUGUACAUGCGGGACAAGUGGUCUAUUGUACCAACGGAUUUACUUCCCAUCUGCUACCACGGCUUCGUGGAAAGGUCUUUCCCUUCCGAGGAACAAUGUCGGCCCAAGCGAUCUCCCCGGCUUUGCCUAAUCACGGCGCGCGUCACUCGUGGAGCAUCUACCAUGAACCAAAAUUUGACAAAGCCACUGGCAACUUUACCUUUGGUCUCUACUAUAUGACUCAAAAUGCGAGAACAGGCGACUUCUUCUUCGGGGGCGAGAAACAGCGGUAUGAGGACAUUCUUGUCAGUGAUGAUACAGUCGUGCCAACCAUCCCAUCGAGGAAUCUUCAAUCGGUGAUGACGGGAACUUUCAAGUCCUCCACUGGCGAAGCGCUCAAAACCACACCCCGACGGAUCUGGUCUGGUAUCAUGGGUUUCACCCCUGAUGGAAUGCCUCUGGUUGGCCGCUUGGGUAGAAGCUGGACCGGAAGACCCAAUGAUGGCGAAUGGGCGGCCGUUGGAUUCAAUGGCUAUGGUAUGGAUAAAUGCUGGUUAGUUGGUGAGACUCUGGGGGCAAUGAUUGCCGGUGCAGACGUGACUGGACAUCUUCCUCGGCUAUAUCAGAUUACAGACGAGAGGUUGAACACAUUAUUGAGGCCACGGGAUGUACCUGCGCGGCUUUUCCAUCUCUAA